CAGACAGUAACAAUUCACGACACUGUCUCGACAUAAACCCCAGGAUAGAUUAUCUAGUCUAUCAUGAUCAUUCAACUUCGUGUGUGAGCUUUGUUUUUUUUCUUUUAUUCCCCCCAAAUGAUAAUGGUUUGAUGUGCGAUAGUGUUAAGAUGGAUGCUAACUCUUUAAUUAUACUCUUCCUCCUCCUGGCUUGGGUCGGUCGGACACAGGCGGGCACCUGCUGGUUGUCGAUGACAAAACAGAAGAUGUGUUUCGGUGCCUUCAAUCUGAACGUGACGAAAGAAGAAUGCUGUAAGAAUCCCUCUCCGUACGUGAGCUGGACCCCUCAGACUUUCACUUCCACCGGAGAUCUCUUCUACUGGCAGGAGCUGAUAGGGGGCGCUCCGCACUGCGAACUUUGUCACGAUACUUGUGAAGGUGUCAAAUGCCCAAGAGGAAAACAUUGUCGAAUAAAGAAAGGAGUUCCUAAAUGUGCCUGUCUAAUAAAAUGUACCCAGGGACAGAGAAGGUCCAGGAAAAUCUGCGGAACGGACGGAAGGAUCUACAACAAUGAAUGUCAGCUACGGAGGCGGAACUGUAAGCGGGAGACGUCAGUAUCUGUGGCCUACAGAGGUGUUUGUAGACAAUCAUGCAAAAAGGUAAGAUGUUUGAAUGGGAAACGUUGUUUAGAGGAUCAGAAUGGAUUGCCACAUUGUGUUCAUUGCCAGAUAAGCUGCCCCAAUAAUGAUGACGUCAGAGUUUUAUGCGGAGAAGAUGGCGUGACGUAUCGAAAUCCGUGUGAGUUAAGGGCGGCAGUUUGCAGACGACAUAGGUCAAUUAGAAUCGCCUAUUAUGGCAAAUGUCGAGCUAACGCUACUUGUUUGGACACUGGGUGUUCGGAAGGAAUGUCCUGUCUAAUAAAUCCCGUUAAUCACCAGCCUCUGUGUGCCUUGUGCAGAUCACGCACCUGUUCCCCGAUGUCACGGUACAAGGUCUGUGGGACGGACGGCGUGGAUUAUAAGAACUAUUGUCACCUGAUGCAGGCGUCCUGCAAAAUGGGCAUAGCUAUAGAUACUCGCCACAGCGGUUCUUGCGACAGAUCUUCGUGGAGAAGAAAACAGAAGCACAAAAAGAGACGGCGGAGAAAAAAGAAAAUUAGAGGGAGAAAAAGAACGCGAUAUGUUGAUGCUGUUCUUAGAAGCUCUGAUGGAAUAAGAAUCAAAUUAAGAUUAAAACCGAUGCAUUCCAAGGACGAUAGCGGUGUGUCACUUCCGUUGACUCUAGAACAUUUAUUUUCUCAGAAACAUACCAAAGAAAACGGCUGAGUCGCCGCCAUUAUGGAGGGAAACCUGCCAUAGUGCCAGACUAAGACAGUGCUAGCCACGUGAAUAGCGGGAGCAUGCGCGACAAAUCCAAAUACGUCACUGCCAUAAAAGUCUUUCUUCGCCACAGCGGCAUUAUAAAUAUUUUGAUGUGUCAUCGUCUUGUGUUUGUGUUGUUUUUUAUUUAUUGUAACUUAUUAAUUAUUAAUUUAUUUAUGAACAUUGCUGUAAUUGUUAUAUUUUAAUGAAAUCAAAUCCUUUGAAGUUGGCCUUGACCUCUUCGCUUGUCUAAUCAGAUUUGGACUGUGAAGUUGAGGAAAUAAUGAGAAAAAAUGGACAGAUACUCUGAGAAAUGUCAUGUGAAGGACACAAACUUCCCGAGAAUUUAUACAUAUGUACAUAUAUAAGUAUUUCCGUCCUUUGUGAAUGUGCCUUUAUUAAUUUUUACCAAAUAAAAUGUGGUAAAAACUC